CCUCAUUCGAACUCCCAAGGAUAAGGGAGAAAGAGAGAGCCACACAACCAAGAAAGCAAGAGGAAGGGGAAGCUGCCGCAGGUUCGUUUUCCAGUGCGUAAGGUUACUUGUUUGCUUCAUAUCUCGAGUUAUACACAUCCAAAUAAGGCGUGCGAGAUACCCACAGAAAGCUCUCAAGACGAGGAAUCCGUGAAGGUCUGGUUUGCAUCAAUCGGAGUAGUGGAAGGCUUUCAAAUCGUCCGAGCAAAACACAACCUCGCGGAAUACGUUUUUGUAUUCAAAGUUAGGGAACGAUUUCGUCGGGAAACACCCGUUCUAGGGACUGUUUUUGUGUCUUCGGUUAGGAGUUGAACUAGCACUUUGAAGAGGCUGUUUAACACUCAAUUCCAAGCAAGGAAUCAGUCCUCAAUCUUUCUUGGCCGAGGCUUUGGUCAUUGGAUCGAGAAGGAAAGAUUUAAAGCUCAUUUGAGUUUCAGGUAGAACUUGAAGGGUGCUACCAUUGCCCGUUGCUCGGGAGAUCCAAGGAGAGGAGACGUGGUCGGACUCUCUACGCUGCAGGCCGAGGCUGCUCGGGAUGCCGAUGCCCUUCAGGCCAAAAAUAAGGCAGAUGCGGCCCUGAAGAAGGCGAGAGAGGCCGCUCGUCUUCAGGAGAAGGAGCUGACGGCCAAGGACAAAGAACUGCAGGCCGCCCUGAAGGUAGCCCGCGAGUCCUCCGCGAAGCUCGCGGUUCUGGAGAGGGCCGGGUUCAAGCUCGUCCCAGCUCUCCCUGCUCCCAAGGACGAGGCCCCUGAAUGGCUCGUCGAUGAUACCGGGUAUCAUAACUCUGGGGCUUUCAUGAUCGCCGCCCAGAGGUAUCUCGGCGGUGCUUUCGGCGAUGUAUUCGCCGCCGAGCUGCAGAAGCGUGCGCCGAAGGACCGGCUCAAGUUCGGGGUCCAGGUCCUGGAGAGUGCCCCCCUGGCCGAGAAGUUCCUGUAUGAUGUUGGGGAUAGCUCCUUUGUCAUCGGCUACAACGAGGGGGUAAAGGCCACAUUGCCGGUCUUCGCCGCUCUUCAGGGUCCCGGAUUCGAUCUGGCCCAGCACACCACGGACCCGGAGUUGAUACGGGCAGUGGGCAAGCUGGAGAGGGACGCCCGGCGGGAAGAAGCCAAAGCCAGGGGUGAAGUUCCGGAGCCUCCGACCCCCGAGCCCGAGCCCGAAGAGGAAGAAGAGACCGUUCCUGGGGGGUCCCGGCCUGUUUCCCCAAAUUUUGUUUAAUGUAGCCUGUAAUUUCUUCAUUUUGACUAUGUACUUAUCCGGCCAGUAGAGCCGAGGAAUACACAACUUUUUUGCCCCAUCAUUGUCUCUACGUUCAUAACUCUUCCCGCUUUCUUUUAUUGUUAGUAGCAUUUUGCCAUUAUGGAAUAUAGCCCAAGUUUGUGAGGACGUUCGUGCCCAUAAUUCACUCCUGUACCCCAAUCUCUCGAGAUACAUUCGUAUGCUUGGGAGCUGACCCUGCAUGCGUAAUCCCGGAUCGGAGUUGGUGGAGACGUUCGUCACGUGGUUAUAGGCACAACCAUCCGUGACGUUCGCCUGUGCAGCUAGAUGUGGGGAUACGAACGCACUCCCCAGGAACAAUGCCUUGGUAGAGAAGUCCGUCGCGUUAAGAACAGCAUGACCUUUUACGCCUUGUGCUUAAACCAGAUACCGUUCGCGGACGUAUCUAGAGAGGUUUUGGUCUGGUCCCCCUCUCCUUCUGUUCAUUUCUUUACAUUUUAAUAAAAUCUGGCAAAUGUUCCCCGGCAUUUGCCCCACUGAUUUUGGUGGUUUGCCUUCCGGGUCAAAAAAAAAAAAAAAAAAAAAAAAAAAAAAAAAGAUACCGUUCGCGGACGUUCGUCUGGUUGGGCCCGCGUUUCAGUUUUGUGAAGCAUGGAAACACGCACGUCUUCCUUGGAACAGCAGGACCAGAUCCCGCGAAUAUGCACGUCUUUCCGUGAAUAGCCUGUGGGUGCGGUCCCUGUGUGCCCCUAUGGGGGACGCUCGUGGCAUUAAACCGGCUUCCUUCGCGGUGGUUGUGGGGUGGUAACAUCGAGGUGCCUUUAAUGCCGCGGUAGGUACCGGUAUCCAGG